GCUUUUUGAAGCAAAGACUCGUCUUGCAUUUAACCUAGCUUCAACAAUCUCUUGUUUUUUGGGUAUUUCAAUGGGAGGUGAUUGUUGUUCGAGUUCAAGUUCAACGAGCGGAGAGAAGCAAAAGCAGAAGGAGAAACCAUUCAGAGGGAUAAGGAUGAGGAAGUGGGGGAAAUGGGUGGCUGAAAUCCGAGAGCCGAACAAGCGGUCCAGGAUUUGGUUGGGUUCUUACACCACGCCGAUAGCCGCCGCUCGUGCCUACGACACCGCCGUCUUCUACUUGCGUGGACCUUCAGCUAGGCUCAACUUCCCCGACCUUUUAUUACAAGACGACGAUCAACUUAGGGACAUGUCUCCCGCUUCCAUACGCAAGAAAGCCACCGAGGUCGGCGCCAAAGUUGACGCUAUACAAACCGGCUCACUUCAUCAUCAUCAUCGUCAUGCUUCUACUUCAUCGGAAUCAUCGAACCCCGGUCGAGUCUUCUCGAAGCCUGAUUUGAACAAGUACCCAGAUUCCUCCGGUGAAGAUUGAAUUGAUAUAAAACAAACCAAAAAAAAAAUCAAAAUCAAACUGUUCAUAAACAUCAGGACGUUGUUUUUUCUGCCUUUUUUAUUCUCUCAUGGAUUAAUAGUUAGUGCUUAGAGAAUAGAAUAAAUAUAGAAAAAAAUGGGUUGAUUCUGUUUGAUAAGGUUAA